AUGAGCGGGCUCCUCUCUGCUCGUCUGGUUGGCCGGCGUUUGGUGUGGCCCGUUGGAAGUGGCAUCUGUGUCGCUUACUCGCUGCAUUGCCGACAAACUUCCAACUAUUUCAACUCACAUCUCACCGCGUCUGCGUCACCAACACCUCGCGCCCAGAGUCGCUCCUUUGGUGGUUUGAGCCCCGAUGCUAUGAGGCAGCUCUCAAGCGGCACCUUGUCUGGAUUCAGCGCUGGCCUUCUGGUAGGCUUUUUGUCGCACACGCUGGUCCUACUCACUGGCUUGGCCAUGUUUAUUUUUUAUCUCGCACACCGACAUGGCUUGGAUUUACCGCGUCUUUUGGGUGCUAAGGAACGACUGAAUAAGGCCGUUUUGACAAGACCAUUUCACAAUGUUGUGUUCCGUUUAUCUUUUGCUGCCACCUUCACUCUUGCCGCCUUCGUCCGGUUCUGA